AUGAGUGAAGAGAAACCGCUAUACGUCACUGACCCUGAGAAAUGGCUACGUGAUCUUACCGAGAGCAACGAUUUUGUCGGCAUCGUCAUCUUUCGUGGCCACUGGUGCAAAUACGACAAAUAUUAUUUGAAGAAGCUUGGAAAAUACAACAAUGAGACAAUCAAAUCAGAGCACCUUAAAUUGAUUGCAUGGACUAGUGAAGGCGCUGACGGGGCAAAGCAGGCUGACGAGGAGUGGGGUUUGACCACCAAGUUCGGUUUUGACGAGGUUAUUGGCGAUGACACAAACGCACUUGCCAACUAUCUUGUCGAAGACUGCAUUCUGGAAGAUCUCAAGACUAUGACUCCAGAAGAGGCACAUGUGACGGAUCAUGUAACGAAAGGGACGUAUCCAAAUGGCAUGGUGCAACCUGGAAUGAUUUGGUAUGCGCAUCAUGGAAGCCUAGUUUUGCAAUGGGAGAGUGAAGUCAGUCCACCGCAUUUUGGAGGUCCAAAUCGUCCACUUCCACAAGAUACGUGGAAGGAAGUUAUGAAGCGCAAGCAUGCUUUGGACCUCGGAAAAGAUGUGAUGCCGGUCCAUGGGAAAGAGUUACGACAGUGUGCCACGAAUAUGGAGGUCAAUUGUGCAAUUUCCUAA